CUGCUUCUCACUUGUCUGUAAUAUAGGGCACAGACUGCAUCAGUCCCUUCCUCACUGACUGUGUGAGUCUCCUUGCUGCUUGGCUUUCCUGGCCAAUCUGUAUCUCACACAAUACCCUCCCUGCAAAAUGACUGAGAUUACUGUAAAUGUCAGCUCCUUUUUACUCCCUUCGACAGGAGAACUGAACAUGAGUAAAUAAGUGAAGAGCUUCUGCUCCCUCUCCUGAACAAAUAACCAGAGGCGUGAUUCUGUAUAAAGGAGCAGCCGUUACCAGACGCAGACAAAGACACAUCUCCCACCGACAGGAUGAAGAUACUGAUUGUUCUCAGUGUCCUGCUCACUCUCUCCAGCGCCAAAGUCCUUUCGCGAUGUGAACUUGCUCGCGUUGUAAAGAAUUCCAUACUGUCUGAAUUCCCCAAAUACAGUGUGGCUGACUGGGUGUGCAUGGCCCACUAUGAGAGUCGAUACAACACACUGGCAAAAUACUACGAGAGAGGCAAUAAUGGAGAAAUCCAGUCAGGAGACUAUGGGAUCUUUCAGAUCAGCAGUAAAUGGUGGUGCUCAGAUACAAUGUUUCCAGAAGGUCCCAACGGUUGUAACAUGAACUGUAACCUUUUUCUGCAAGAUAGUGCAAACAUAGAAGCUGACAUCAGUUGUGCAGCAAUAAUAGUGAAUCAACAAGGAAUGGAGGCCUGGAAAGGGUGGACUGAGAACUGCAAGGGGAAAUGGAUCAAUUAUUAUACAUAUUUUUGCUUCUGGUAAAGGAGAAAGAAAUCCAGCCAAUUAAAACCAGUCGCUCCUGAUACAACACAGCAUGGAACACUCUCAGCCGCUAAUUGUACAUAACUGAGAUCGAAGGAAUAAGAUCCAGUUCUCUGUCAUAACUCAUUAGAAAUAAACACAGAUAAACAUCAACUCUCAAGUGUUUCAAUACAGUUGAGCAAUCAAGAUAAAAUUCAGGAAACGUGCGGAGAAAGAUUGAAACUAAAGGAUAAAGCCGUACAUUAAGAAUGUGGUCAGUGAAGGAGAGGAUGACAAAAGGGAAUGGGAAACGUUUA